AUGCCGGUCGGUGCGUAUUUCAUGGGAACUGUUGGUGAUCCACGGGAUGACUGUCGAAUGGUUCCGAAUCGCGAAGCCACAAGCGAGGACUUGGCCAAUAUCGGUGUUGAAGUGUCCAAAAUCGAUAUGACCUCGGAUUGGGAGAAGCACGUGGACAACUUGAUGACUGUUUAUGGAAUGAAUUAUCGUGACGAGGUGCAGAUUAACAGAGCUUCUAUGCCUGAUUUUGAUGAAAGGUCGAAAAAGUUCUACGAAGAGCAUUUGCAUCGUGAUCCUGAGGUCCGUUUCAUAAAAUCCGGAACUGGUUUCUUCGAUGUUCGCAGCAUUGAGGAAAAUCUUGUGACAGUACGAAUGUUUCAAUCAGCACCUAAAUGGAUAUCAUACGCUCGUUGUAAGGAUGGCGAUGAAGUGGAGGAGCGAAGUAGAUACCUGAAACAGAUCGGAAUCGAACACUGA